UUUUUUGGUUUCGAUUCCUGGUCCGUUCAUUUCCAAUGGAAGCUGUAGCGUCCAGUAUUGUUGAUGCAAUGCUCUCCUCUAUGUUUGAUUAUAUAGUUGAGCGAUUAUUUGCCUCCUCAGAGCUUCUCAAGUUUGUACGGCAAGACCAAGUUUCGUCCCAACUCAACCAGUGGAAGCAGUUGUUGCCAAAGAUCAAAGCCAUUCUCGGUGACGCAGAAGAUAAGCAAAUGGUCAGUCAAGCGGUGAAGCUCUGGCUCAACGAUUUAAGAGACAUUAUGUAUGAUGCUGAAGAUAUCAUCGAUGAAAUUGCCACCAACGCCCUGUGCCGGGGAAUACCGAGGAAGACUCCGAUGGCGGGCAGCGGUAGUAAGGUACGCCGAUUUCUCCCAAAUUGUUUCCCUGGCUUGAAUUUAAGCGGUGUUAAGUUCAGUGCACGGAUGGUUUCUAAAAUAGAAGACAUCACUGCUAGAUUUGAAGACAUGGUUAAGAAGAAGAAUUUUUUGAAUUUGUUGGCGAGGAGUGGUGAAAGGAGAUCGGAGAGAGUAAGGGAGGGGCUGCGGUCGACGAGUUCUCUUGUUGAUGAAUCUCAGGUUUACGGCCGGCAAAUAGAUAAAGAUGUGAUUAUUCAACGAUUGAUGAAUUUUGAAAUUGGUGUGGUUUCUGUUGUGGGAAUGGGGGGAGUGGGUAAAACGACGCUUGCUCAGGUGACCAGGAUUCUAUUGCAGGCUGUCACCAUAGAGGGUUGCCAUUCCAAGGGCGACCUAAAUUCGCUUCAACUGAGGCUAAGGGAGGAGCUUUCUGGAAAGAAGUUUUUGAUUGUUUUAGAUGAUGUUUGGAAUGAGAACUAUGAAAGGUGGGAUGUUCUACGUAGACCCUUCUUGGCGGGAGCAGCUGGUAGCAAGGCCUUGUCUGAUGAUGAUUGCCUUUCACUUUUUGCCACACAUGCUCUUGGAGCUAGUAAUUUUGAUGGACACCCAAAUCUAAAAGGAAUUGGUGAAGAGAUAGUGAAGAAGUGCAAAGGAUUACCAUUGGCAGCCAAGACACUAGGUGGGCUCCUGCGUGGUAAAGUGAAUUAUAAGGAGUGGGAAGAUAUGCUUAGGAGCAAAAUAUGGGACAUACUAGAAGAAAGAGGUGGCAUCGUUCCUGCUUUGAAGUUGAGUUACCAUCAUCUUCCUUCCCAUUUGAAGCGAUGUUUUGCGUAUUGUGCUAUUUUUUCAAAAGACUAUGAAUUUGACAAGAAUGAGCUGGUACUACUAUGGAUGGCCGAGGGUUUGAUACAGCAAGCCAAGGGAGAAAAGCAAGUGUGGGACCUAGGUCUUGCAUAUUUUCAUGAUUUACUUUCAAGGUCUUUUUUCCAACGGUCAAACAGCAACAAAACACUGUUUGUCAUGCACGACCUUAUACAUGAUCUAGCUCAAAAUGUUGCUGGAGAAAUAUGCUUUCAUUUUGAGGAUAACUCUGGAGAUAAAUUGCCUGCAAGUAUUGAAAAGCUUCGUCAUUUGUCAUUCACUCGUCGCCAAUAUGACAUUUUCAAAAGAUUUGAAGUAUUUGAUUCAGCGAAGUCUUUACGGACUUUCAUAGCAUUACCAGUUGAUACAUCAUCUUCAACAGCAUGCUGUUACUUGAGCAAGGAUGUGUUGCAGGAGUUGGUGGCAGAAUUAAGAUACUUAAGAGUGUUAUGUUUGAGUGGUUACUGCCUGGACAAACUACCGUAUUCUAUUGGUCAUUUGGAGCACUUGAGGUACCUUAAUUUGUCUUACACUACAAUUACACAGUUACCAGAAUCUAUGGGUUACCUAUUCAACUUACAAACAUUUUUAUUGCGUGGCUGCAAGGAGCUUACUAAAUUGCCACAAGGUAUUGAAAAUCUGAUUAACCUUCUUGUUUUUGAUCUUACUGAUACUGAGAAAUUAGUGGAGAUGCCACUUCACAUUGGGGAGUUUUGCAUUAUGGGGUUGGAAAAUGUGGUGGAUUCUCGAGAUGCUUGGCAUGCUAAUCUAAUGGAUAAGCAGGACCUUGAUGCCUUAGAUUUGAAAUGGAGUGAGUUCCUUGAUUACCAGAACGAAGAAGAUGAAAUGCAUGUUCUUGAUAUGCUACAGCCUCAUAAAAAUUUGAAAGAACUUAGAAUUUCGUUUUAUGGUGGUAAAAGAUUUCCACAUUGGUUAGGAGAUCCCUCAUUCACUAAUGUUGUGGAAGUAAAACUCCAUAAUUGUAGUGGAAGCAUGUUACUUCCAUCACUUGGAAAACUGCCAUCAUUGAGGACGGUGUCCAUCCAAGGCAUGAACAGAGUCAAAAAGGUGGGUUUUGAGUUCUAUGGAGAUGAUUUUCUGUCUACUAAGUGGUUUCCAUCCUUAGAAGUUCUCUGCUUUCAGAAUAUGUUAGAAUGGGAAUGCUGGUCUUCUCCUCAAGAGACUAAUGUGGAUUUGGAUGAUGGAUUUCCAUCUCUUCGUGAGCUUGUAAUUCAAAAUUGUCCAAAACUGAUUGGAAACCUACCAAGCUGCUUUCCUUCCCUUGUGAAGUUUAUCAUUAGUCAUUGCCCAAAAUUGGGGGAUUCACUUAUAAGCCUGCCCUCCCUUUGUGAAUUAAAAAUUGAAGAUUGCAACAAAGUAAGGCUGGAAAAUAUUGUUGAUCUUACUUCCCUAACCACAUUGAGGAUCCAUGGCAUAAAGGACCUUUCAUGUCUGCCGCAAGGGAUGCUGAAGUCUCUAGGUGCACUUCAAAUGCUUAAGGUUUCAAAUUGCACUGAGCUGACAUCUUUGUGGAAGAAGGGCAUUGGGCUGAAAAACAUUGCUUCUCUUGAGCAUCUGGAAAUUAAGGGCUGCUCCAAAUUUGUGUCUCUGGUAGUAAAUGAGCAAGGUCUUCCUUGUAGUUUGGAAGAUAUGGAAUCAAUGAAUUGUGGCAACUUGGAGAAACCAUCUCUCAAAAGUUUGCAAGUUGAGUCAUGCCCAAGACUUUUAUCCUUUCCUGAGACAGGCUGCUUAUCCACUCUUAGAUGUAUUAAGCUUAAAGAUUGUGCAGCUCUUAUAACCUUGCCUGAUUGGACAGUGAUGCUUAACUGCAGGACUACUGACUAUCUUCUUCAAGACUUGGAGAUUGAAGAAUGUCCUUCCCUCACAUCCUUUCCAAGAGGCAUCUUGCCUACCAGGUUGCAGAGGUUGAAAAUCCGAGGUUGUAGAGAUCUGCAGUCUCUACCUGAAGGGAUCAUGCAGAAUGAUAACAUCAAAAACAUGUCUCAUCUUGAGAGCUUGGAGAUUGUUGAUUGCCCCUCUCUAAUUUGCUUUCCUGAAGGCAUAUUACCAUUUAAUCUUAAAACACUAAAGAUUUCAGAUUGCUCAAAGCUGGAGCCACUUUCAGAGCAGCUGUUACACAACAAUGCAUCACUUGAAUACAUCAGUAUGUGCAAUUAUGCUACUCUUGAAUAUUUGCCUGAAUGCCUACAUUGCCUUGCACAUCUGACUGAGUUAACCAUAAGUAGUUGUCUGGCUUUAAUUUCCUUCCCAGAGACAGGCCUCCCCCCUACCUUGAGAACAUUAGAAAUCUACAAUUGUGUCAAGCUCAAGUCUAUGCCAGAGAGGAUGCAAAAUCUUGCUUCUCUUCAAUAUCUAACAGUUUGUGACUGUCCAAGUCUUGUGACCUUUUCUAAAGGUGGUUUGCCCCCUCAAUUAUUGUUACUUGAGGUCUGGGAUUGUAUAAAUCUGAAGGAGCCAAUGUCAGAAUGGAACCUAGACUCUCUAACCUCUCUUAAAGGGCUCAUUAUUGUUGGUUCCCCUGAUAUAGCUUCCUUCCCGGAUGAAAAUUGUUUGCUUCCUACGAGCCUUAGCUUGAUUUUCAUUGCAAGACUCAACAAUCUGGAAUCUCUAUCCUCAGCACUGCAAAACCUGACCUCUCUAGAAGAACUAGAAGUUGUUGACUGUCCAAAUCUAAGACACUUGCCAAGGGAAGGCCUGCCUGCAACACUUGGAAGAUUUUGUAUCAGAAACUGUAAACACUUAAAACGAAAAUGCUUGAAGAAGAAAGGAGGUUACUCAAUGACGAUAGCCCACAUCCCCAAUGUGGAGAUAGAAUGCUGCAUGAUUCUUCUUGUAAUGACCAUUUCACUGCAAUUGCAGAUUAAAUUCAAAAAGGGGCAGCAGAUGUUCUAUAAACACUUGCAAGAUGUUUUUGGGAUGGAAGGAAUAUCAGUGAUGCCCAAAUACAUUUGUUCAAGAUAGAGCUACAGCCUACAAGAUUGGAAGCAUAUACACAGAGAAUGAUAAUCCAUAAUCAUUACCUCUAAUGGUCAUGUCAUGGGGACCUUCUUUCUCAUAACUUUAUGCUUACAUAACUUUAUGCUUACAUUAAUCAAAGUCAAUCUCAAAAAUAUUUGAAAUAAAGAAGUCUGCAGUUU